AUGCAUCCAGCAGUCUCAACCCUCUUCAUGCUGCUCUUUGUCCUGCUGUGUCUCCUGGGAAUCCUGGCCAAUGGUUUCAUUGUGCUGGUGCUGAGCAGAGAAUGGAGGCGGCGUGGCGGGUUGCUCCCCUCCGACAUGAUCCUCCUGUGCUUGGGCGCCUCGCGCUUCUGCCUGCAGUGGGUUGGAAUGGUGCACAACCUCUACUUCUUCAUUCACCUGGCAGAGUACAGCCGGGUUUCUACGCGGCAGCUGUUCAGGCUCCUCUGGUACUUCGUGAACUCAGCCACCUUCUGGUUUGGCACCUGGCUCAGCGUCCUCUUCUGCUUAAAGAUCGCCACCUUCACCCACCCCACCUUCCUCUGGCUGAAGUGGAGGUUCCCAGGGUCAGUGCCCUGGCUCCUGCUGGGCUCUCUCCUGAUCUCCUUCCUCGUCACCCUGCUCGUUUUGGGGGGGAACCACAUCGUAUAUCAGGGUUUCUUAAUUGGAAAGUUUUCUGGGAACCUGACCUACGACACGUGGAGGAGCAGGCUGCAGGCUCGCUAUUUCCUGCCCCUGAACUUUGUCACGCUGUCAAUUCCCUGCUCUGUUUUUCUGUUCUCCAUGGUGCUGUUGAUUGAUUCUCUGAGGAGACACAGGCGGACCAUGCGGCAUAAUGCCCACAGCCCGCAGGACCCCAGCACCCAGGCUCACACCAGAGCUCUGAAAUCACUGGUCUCCUUUCUUGUUCUUUAUGCUCUGUCCUUUCUGUCUCAGAUGAUUGAUACUGCAGGCUUCUUCUCCUUAGAGAACGACUGGUACUGGGUGUCGCAAAAUGUAUUCUACCUGUGCACGUCUGUCCAUCCCUUUAUCCUCAUCCUCAGCAACCCCAGGCUUCGAGGGGUGUUCAGGCAGCUGCUUCUGUUGGCCAGGGGCUUCUGGGUGGCCUAGGUGGUAUGGUCUUCUUA